UUUCGUUGUUUCGAUAAUUUGCCGUAUCUAAAUUCAAAGCGUGUUCAUAAAGCCUUUUUUUUUUUACGUCUCACCUGACAAAUGCUUUUCACAUGAAUGAUUUUACAUAUACCUUCAUUCAAAACCCAAAGAAUUUUCCCGCUCGCGAACCUUACAAAAUAAUUACACAAAAGACCUCCAACUAAUAAAACUAUUGAAUUAAAAAAAAAAAAAAGGGGGAAACCGAGCAAACAGGUGUAGCCAACGGCAGAGAUGCGCCUCCUUGAGUGUAAACAAGGGAAGGAUCCUCAACCCAAUAACACUCGCUUAUGAGGGAUGCCGCCUCCUGUUCUAGAACCCGAUAGACAGAGGUGGCAGCAUACACGCAAGUCAGAGCAGCUGUUCCCAUCAAUUCCAUGGAUUGAACUCCUCUUUUAUUUUGUUUCAUUUUGGAGUGGAUGUUUUUACAGUCUUUAUAGAUUUUAUCGAACUUCUCAAAGAUGGGGCCAGUAUUUACCUGUCACACCCAUAGAAGACAGUUGGUUUGGCAGUCGUCAAGACCAGACUGACUUGGAGUGGUAUGUGUGGCCACCAAUAAUCCUCAGUUAUGCUCCUUGGGCAUUUCUCCACAUUGUGUUAGCUCAGCUUAUAAGGAGGUUUUGCCCACAGCAUCUUUGUCGUUUCUACAUCGUAUUUAGUGUGUACAUGAUUAUCCCAUUGAUAGGGAGAGUCGGCACAGGCCUCUGUUUUGCAGUGCCAUCAGUCAUGUUUGUCGUACUACUUACGAGGAGCAAGGUGAUUAUUUGGCUCACCUGGUGCCUGAUAUUAAUUCUCUUCAAUACACAGUUUUUCAUCAGCUAUUUGGAAUCAUGGGUAGAAGACAUUCCUGAGGGCGAUUACAAGGUCUCGGUCAUGGUUGCUUGGAUCAUCCUCCGCAGCUUGAGCUUUUGCCUGGAAGUUUGCGACACAGACCCUGAAGGCGUGCUGAGUCCGUUGCCCCUCCUUACCACACUCUUGGGGUAUUGCCUCUAUUUACCAUUUGUGUGUACUGGCCCAUACAUGCCUUUUAGAGACUUUCAAGCAGGACUCUUGCUUCCAUACAAAGAAUGGACACUAAAGAGAGUUCUUGGUAUGGUGCUACAAAUAAUAAGAUUUCUGUGGUGGAUGGGUUUCACUCAGGCCCUUCUGUUCCACUUCUAUGCCCAUUCAUUGCAUUUCACGCCAGAAUUAGUGAGGAAGAUGACUUCAUGGUCAAUGGCAGGCUUUGUGUAUUUUUUAACUGCAUUUUUGCAGCUGAAAUAUGUGGUGCUAUAUGGACUGCCAUCUGUGAUAGCUCGUGUGGAAGGCUACGACCCUCCCAGACAUCCCCGUUGUACACUCAUGACAUACAGAUUCUCAGAUAUAUGGAGAUAUUUUGACCAUGGCCUCUACCGUUUCAUGCUAAAGCAUAUCUACAUCCCUUGGGUGGGAGCAGAUAACAGCUUAAUUAGACAAGUACAAGGGACAGCACUAGUGUUUACAUUUGUGUACGUUUGGCAUGGCGUAUCAACACAAGUCUUCUGGUGGGCUACCAUAAAUUUCUUCGGGGUAUUUGCAGAAAAACUAGGAGAUUAUAUUAGCCGAAUGCAGGCAUAUGAAACCUGGGAGAGUCGGUGGUUCCCAGGCUCGUGGCAGCGCCGUCUGCAUGGGUUGGUGGCGGUGUGCCUUUACGUGCCAUCUCUUGCGGCUCUUACUAUAUUUCUCUCCAAUCUUGAAAAUGCAUUUGCUAUUACCACAAGAAUAUUUAUAUCAGGGUUUCCUGAAUGCACUCUCAGCACCUUCUUCUUCAUGUUCUGUUUGGGACAGUGCAGUAUGGAGCUUCAGAACUGGAAGAUCAGACAGAAAGAUAAACAUAAAUCUAGUUAGCAUUAAUAAAAGUAAUACUAAUAUAUAUAGCCAAAAAUAUAACUGGAGGUGAUAUGAAUUAAUAUUUUAGUCACUGUAAAGUUAAUAAGACAAAGGGAAUGUGUAUGAGUCAGGUGGCAGAAAGUAUAUAGAGGUAUAUUUUUAAUAUAUAUCUAUUUUUAUUGUGAUUUGUAGGAGUUGUCAUCCCUUUUUUGGACAUGUGCAGAUAACUAGUUUAUUUUUUAUGGUACAUCCUUGGUUGUAUUUGCUUGCUGGCAUAUGUGAAAUAUAGAGUUAGCAUAUGAAGCAAACUAGAGCCCAAGUGAGGAGAAAUCAUAGGUAAGACAUUUUAUGGUGCUCUCUCGAUUCCACUAAAAGACAGAAAAGGUAAAGUCAUUUUAAAGUUGUGAUGUUCAUAUACUGACCCAACACUAUUGGUUUACUUAAGAAAUUUAAUUAUAUUGUAUCACCAUUUACUAUUAAGGCCUAGUAUGGGAGAGGAAAUUGAUAGAUUUUGUCACCUUAGUGCAAGGGAAAUCAGUUGAUGUUAAACCUACUGUUUAAAAAGUGGGAGGAAAUGGCAAUGUGGAAAGAUUUUUUUUUUU